ACACAGGGAACAAUUUUGAAUUAUUUCAUAGAACUGUAAAACAGGAAAUAUAAGAUGAACGGGGUAACUUUGGCAUUCUAUAUUGUGAUAUGUGUCACUGUGCCGUAUAUCCAAGGUGCACCAACAACUACUGACGUGAAUGGAACUGAGCCAGGAGAUAUGAAUGGAAAGAAAUUAAUGGAAAUUGGAAAAAAAUUGAAAUUACCGAAGUUACGGCUUAUCGGGAAAACUAUUGAAAAUCUAGAAUUGAAGGUAGAUAAAACUCUUGAAAAUUUUGAAAAGAAGACUGGAAGAAAAAUGUGCGACCUUAAUCCCUGCAUGGCAUGGACAGACUGGAGUAAAUGUAGUUCUAAUCCGCAUCGUUUCGGAUCAAAAGUUCGGACACGUCAGUGCAGCAUAAACAAGGAUACUUGUAAAGUUGACACCGCGAACAGUAGAACAGAGACAGAGUUUGGUGUUUGUGGUGGAUUUUGUCCCAAAGACUAUAACGUAACAAAGAAUGGGUUUUGCGUGAAGCUUUAUUCUGACAAAACACGGACUCAAGUCUCAGCGGAACAGCAGUGUCAGGAUGACGGGGGGCAUCUGAUGAAUAUAGACUCCGAGGAGAAGUACGAGGAUGUGAGCAGUCUCUUGAAAGGGUUUGGAUCUUAUGUCUGGAUUGAUGGGCGUAGGAAAGAUGUCAGUUCUCCAUGGGAGUACAAGUACGGAUCACAGAAAGGAUUCUUCAAGUGGCGCUCUGGUGAACCAGACAAUAACUCAAAUGACCUAUGUCUGUUCAUUUAUCUUUACAGUGGAACAGUAUUUUGGUAUGACUAUCCGUGUGGACAUACCUACUACGCUCUUUGUGAAAUAAUAUGAUGCUACAUUUCAUGU